AUGCGGUCCCUGUGUGUCUUUGUGUUUUUUGUGCUCUGCAUUGCAUUGGGGGAGAGUUUUGAUCUUGGACCGAUCGUGAGGAUAGCUCAGUGCAGAAUGCAGUGCAUGAAGAAACACAGCACGGACGGCAGUUGCGAUUGGUACACUAAUCGGGCUGAGACUGUUUGUAAUGAAUGCUGGCAAAAUUGCGAAUCCCUCGAGACACAGUGGGAGGCCACGAAAUCCAUUUGCGAGGGAGACGAAAAUCUUCGUUGCCCGGCUUGCCAAACAGCGUGCUCCUACCGCACCACCCGCCCCGAGGAAGAGUACCUGCCGUCGAGCUUGCCAGCGCCAACCAGAGGUCCCGUAAAAUUGGGUCAAUACGACAUUGCCGUAGUGAUGCGUCGAGUUGGCACAAGUUGGAAAGAAUCAGGUUACUAUCCCGGCUCGCGAGUCCCUUCGCUCCGUCCGGACACUUGGAUUCUGGUGAUCCUUCAGGAUGGCAUCAGACACUACAGCUGGGAGGAGUGGACCCCCACUCUGGAGUCCCUCAAGGACGGCCCUUUCGUCGAGGCAACGCUGUCCUGGUGGAACGUUGAUGCACAGCUGAAGAGACAACGCGAUGUCGAGCAGAAGAGGUUCAACGAUCGGGUGCGCCAGUUCUAUCUUGAGAAGUACGGGGAGAAGGUGCUCGUUGAGUGGAGGGACAGCCAGGACACGCCGAUACCUGAGGAGGUCUUCAGGAGGUUCUUCUUCAGGAGGAGAAAUGAGGAGGAGGCACAGUCCCAGGGGGAGAGCAUCACCACUGAUUCCUAUCCCGUAUUCAAGGGUCAGGAUGGUCCGUCUAUGAGGCAGACCAUGGAGAAACAGUCCUACGUUGUGGCGUGGGAGCCGGAGACUGGUGGACUCAUGGGGAAUCAAGUCGUUGACACCUUGACUGCCCAGAUCUCGCUUCUUCCUGGCACCAAGUAUCUCGUGAGGAUCGCCUCCAAUGAUGGCCCCGGCAGCUUCUCCAUCGAAAUCGACACGAGACCGAAUUCCGUGCAAGUUUGGCGGAUAAAAAAAAAGUUGGAAAAUUUUUACCCGUGGGCCAUAGGCGCCGGGGCUAUCAGCGCCAUUCUUGUGUUUGUGGUGGCUCUCGUUGUGAGGCGAGCGUUGAAGAGGAAAACUGUCGUGGAUGAGGAGGAAGUCUGA